CGCGGCCGGUCACUGCCUGCUCGGCCGCCGGCGAGACCAGGCUAGCUUGCGUGCGUGUGGGAGUGCGUCGCUGAGUCCCGUCCUCCGGGUCGCGUGCGCGUGUGGCCUCGUGGCGUGUGUUCGCCCCGACCGGCGGAAACCACUCCCUGGCGGAGGAAGAAAUUAAACAGUCAGGGGAUUUGCAGGAAACCAGCGCACAGGCGCUCCAGUCCCUGGUCGACAUGCUGCGUGCCGCGCUACUGGUUGCGUGCCUCGGCUGCGCAUGUGCAACCCUGUCUUUCCCCAACGGCAGCAACCAGGCGUGCACCAACGAAGGACAGGAUUGGUUGCUCAACAUGCCAUCGUCAUGCACCUACACCUGCAAGUGCAAGAACGGGGUGGUCCAGUGCGAGAAGGAGCAGUGUGUGACCGAGAAGGGCUGCUUCAUGCUGCAGGACACGGGCAAGGACUCGUGCUGCCGCGUCUGCAAGGGCUGCCUGGUGGACGGCGUGGCGCGCGCCAGCGACACGCAGUGGCAGGACCCCAAGGACCCGUGCCGCGUCAUGUCCUGCAAGGCGGGGGUCCUCACCGAGUCCAACCUGCAGUGCUACACGCCGUGCAGGAACCCCGUGUCUCCCGGGCCGGGCCAGUGCUGCGCCACGUGUCCAGGAUGCUGGAUCAACGGCCAGGACCUGCGGAAAGGACACGAGGUGACCAUCACGGAGGACCCGUGCGUGAAGUGCCGCUGCGAGCAGGGUCGCACCGCGUGCACCAAGCAGGCGUGCCCCGUUCUGCACUGCCCGGGCGACAAGGUGGUGACCCCGCCGGGCGAGUGCUGCCCGCAGUGCAACGGCAGCCGCCAGAGCCUGGAGCCGCCGAACGGCAAGUGCAUGGUCGGUUACAGGAUACACAGGGACGCUGCGAGCUUCCACGUGGACCAGUGCACGAGCUGCCGCUGCGCGAACGGCACGUCGCUGUGCCGGCGCACCACGUGCCCCGUGCUGGACUGCCCGCUGCGGGGCCAGGUGAAGACCCGCCACUGCUGCCCGCACUGCGACCAGCGCCUGGUGGAGGAGCUCCGGGCCACCUGCUCGCACGGCGGCCGCACCUACGAGGAAGGCGACCGGUGGAAGAUCAACCCGUGCCACUCGUGCACGUGUGUGGGCGGCCAGCCCAUCUGCUACAUGGAGCGCUGCCCGGCGCAGAACCAGCCCUGCCCGCCCAACCACCGCUGGGAGCAGGACCCGGGCCAGUGCUGCCCCCGCUGCGUCGAGAACGAUGGCGUGUGCACAGUUUUUGGUGAUCCACACUACAGAACGUUUGACGGCAAGUUCUACAGUUUUCAAGGCUCCUGCAAGUACCUGAUGGCCGGGGACUGCGAAGGACGCAGCUUCAACAUCCGUGUCACAAAUGACGCAAAGUCGACCAAAACGUCUUCGUGGACCAAAACUAUUUCUAUGAAAGUGGGGAGCGUGAAGGUCAACCUGCUGCAGAAGAUGCGCGUGAAGGUGAACGGCAAGAGGGUGGAGGCUCCCUACAGCCUGGACGGCCAGCUGACCAUCAACCGCACCGACGACAGCCUGCUGGUGCACACCAGCCUGGGCGUGAAGGUGCUCUGGGACGGGUCCAGCUUCCUCGAGGUGUCGGCGCCGACGUCCUACAAGGGCAAGCUGUGCGGCCUUUGCGGCAACUACAACGGCCUGCGGAAGGACGACUUCACGAGCCGGCACGGCAAGGUGGUGGCGAGCGCCGAGCGCUUCGGGCAGGCGUGGCGCGUGGGCGCCAAGAAGGCGUGUGGCCGCCGGCACGAGGACGCGCGGCCGGAGAGGCGCUGCGCGGACCGCUCCACGGGCCGCUUCAACCGCGACACCAAGCUGUGCAAGCGGCUGCGCAACUUCGCGCUGUUCGGGUCGUGCCACGGCCGCGUCAACCCGGCGCUCUACAUCGAGUCCUGCAUGGUGGACAUGUGCGAGUGCCCGAACGCCCGCUGCUACUGCGACUCGUUCACGGCGUACGCGCACGAGUGCCGGCGGCUGGGCGUGAAGCUGAGCGACGAGUGGCGGAGGGAGGCCAAGUGCCCGAGCGGCUGGGCGCGCGUCAGGCCGGCGCCCAGGUCUCGCUAGAGCCCGGCCGCGAGCCGCACUUGCUAGUCAUCUCCAGUCUCCUUUACCUUCUGCAGUAGUAUUGCGUUUGCUGACACGGACCAAGUUGGAAAAGGAUGUCGCAACACGCAACAUGUAUUGUGUCGUAAUUCUCCGUCUCCCAGUAUUCUGCUGUUGUUACAUUAUGUCUUUUGAGCUGGUUCUCAUGUGACAUAGAGGUAACUGACGUUUGCACGGAAGAAAUAUUUACAAUUGUAACAAUACUGUGUUGUUUUCGAAUAGUAUUGCCAUUAAUGUAAUUUUUAAAAUAUAUUUUUGUGCUGCAUUGAUUGCAUUAAAAAAAAUCUUAACUUAUUGACUGUUUACAACACGGUAGAGUGAAUACCACUCUUGUAAUGUAUAUUUCAUAGUAUCUAGUUUGAUAGUUGCAACUGGUGAUUAUUAUUAACUUUAAAAGAAAAAUACACCCACAGUUGUAGUUUAAAAAAACAUGACACUGUUUGCUUGAAUCAGUUUACUGUUACUGAAAAAAUGGUUGAGAAUGAAUUUCAAAGAUGUGACAUGGAAAUUCCACUCACAUGCAAUCACAAAACUUUACCAAAGAUAGUACAAUUGCCACGCUUAAUUGGAAUUAAAGCUUAUUGUUCACUGAUACGAAGAUCUGCUUGAUUAAUUUAUGUAAAAACUCUUUAUAGGCCUUGUUAAGUUAUGUUAAAAUGUUUGUGCACAUUGCAUUUGUAAAUAUGAGAACAAUUUAUAUUAAAUGCUUUAUGUAAUUAUUGUAGUUAGAUAUAUUUUAGCAAUUUGAUAGUUUAAUAAUAUAGAAUGUCUGAAUAGUUUCAUAACAAAGUAUAGUCACUUACUUAACUUAUGAAUAUGAAUUUGUGUACAUAGAGUUGAUAAUGGUAAUGUUGAAACUUAAAACACAAAGUGGCAAACUACUAUGCAUCGUAACCACAGUUACAUUUUAUUUUUGUACUAUAAUAUGAUUUAUUUACUUAAAACUUUUAUUUUCAUAGUAAUAAACACCUAAUUUCAUAUCGAAAUAAAAUUUUAAAUGUUGAUAUUGCAAAUAAAUUUGCAAAAAAAUUUUUUUGACAAUGUUUAUUUUUUGGUUACAUACAAGAAGCAGAAAUGUAAAUUAUGAAAACAAAUUAAAUUUGAUUUCAGGCCUACUGCACAUUUGUUUUUGCGAACUAGCACAGCAUAAUAUUUUUAAGAUAUAAAUAUAUAUUUCACUAAUACUUUCAACUUUCGGAGAUUUAUAUCAUACAGUUUUGUAAUGACUUGCUGUUAAAAAUUACUCGUGAGUCCCAUUUUUACUGAUUUUAUGUUUGCCAUUAUCAACAAUAAUUAACAUUCUCAUUUUACCACUCAACGAUCUCUUUAUCAAUGCAUUUAAAAAAUUAACAAAAGAGUUUUAAAUAUGAUGUAUACUAGUGUACAGAUUAGUGACAGAAUUUAGAUUUUUUUGUGCAUGCCUGAGAGAUGUAUAUUUUAAAGUUAUCUGUUCCUAUUUUUAUAUAUUAAAUACAGUUUCAGGUAUUAUGAGUAAAUAUUAUGUAAUAAUAUGAAUAAUUAAAUAAACAAUUUUUUUUAUUAUUCUAAGAUGCAUGCAAUGUGUUGUUUUUUGACCGGUGGUCAAAUGUAUAAUAAAUAAUAAUUUAUUUAAUUAUUGUUAUGAACAGAAAAGUAUUAUAGAAACAUAUUUUCUAAUUGAAUAUUAUUUUUCGAAAAAAAAAGUUUUUAUAGCCUACCUGCAUUUCUAAUAAUCAAUGCUAUGUUUCAUGCCAUAUUUGAACAACUAAAUCACAUCGAAGAUUGAUUUUGAAAUGUGUUUGAUAAAUUAAGACAAUGAUAAAACCAACACUGUAUAAUUAAAUAAAGUAUAUGUGUAAAAAAUUUGGAU